AUGGCGUUAAGUGUGCUGGCCAAUUGUGCUCGUCAGAAACUAAGCAGAAGAGAAGUAAGUUACCGUAGGGUCGAAAUUGCGUACAAAAGUUCUCUUUUAGCUAAUUCUAUCGCGUCUCGUCUGUUUUGUAGAUAAGGAGACUGGAUGGAAUAGCAGUUCUUGGUGAGUACAUACAAAAUCCAACUCUUUGUGAUCUACUGUUCUCCUAAAAAACCCCAUAUACAUAGUUGCUUUGGAAAAACAAAUCUUGGAAGUAUUUCCAUGUAACUACAUGAUAUUCUGAAACAAAGGCGUAGUCCCAUACUAAAUCUAUUGUGUUGGCAUUGUUUUCUUUAUCUAAGACUUAACCCUUUAACUCCCAGGAGUGAUUAACAUGUAACUUCUCCCUAUAAUAUCCAUACCUUAUCUAGUAAAGAGAUAAUGAGAAUUCUCAAACUUAUCAGGUACAGGUUUUUUUUGUCCUGAUCUAACACCAAAUUCUCAUAACUAAGUUACAGGGAAAUGUGUAGCAGCUAGAAGGGAGAAUUUACAAUCAGAUCUUGGGAGUUAAAGGAGUAAUGGUUUGCAUCAUGUAGUAUGGAGCUGUGCAGAAUUCGAAAUCUUGCCAAAAUCUUUCUUAUCAAAGAUCAUGCAGAUUGUUUAGAGGUGUGCGUACAGAUAUUUUUCCUCUUGCUAGACAGUCUGGAGAUUGGCCUUUUACAAAGACCUUGCGGUAUUUACAUGUAACUAAAAUUAACUUUAGCCUUUAUUUUGGCGGGAAAGCAUGCAAGAAGAUUUGCCAGUGGACUUCAUCUGUUCUAAGUUCAGUGAUCAGUUUCCCAGAAUGAAGCUGAACUAAAGCUGCAAGCUUCAAGGAAUGGGCAACAUUGUAGGGCAAAUAAACAUGCAUGAUGGAGGUUAUCCUGUUAGCUGUCGCUUUAAUAUAUAGUUGACUCCCACUCCUGUAGCAACUUGGACCUUCAUGGGAAAUUGAAAGUGGUUUGAGUUAUUGGGAGGUUUUUAAACUUUUAUUUAUUACUACAGAAGCAUGAAGUUCAAGGUAGCUAGGGUUACUGAUUUAGAGAUAAAGUAUAUUUUUUUCUUCUUUUAUAUUCCCUCAGCUGAAGUUCUAAAGAACAAUGUGAAAACCAGCAUUUUAAACAGGACAUCUAGAGCAUUAGCCAACAUGGCAGAAGAUGAGCUUAGUGUACAGGUCAUGGAGGAGCUUGGAGUUAUUCAUGAACUUGUUAAGCUUUUAACAAAGACAUCUGACAGUGAUUGCCAAGAGUCCAUCAUAAGAGCAUUGAGGAUGGUGUGCACAAAUCCAGCUAGAAAACAGGCCAUAGUGGAUUUAGAUGCUGUUAAAACCAUCAUGGAAAUCUUGCAGUCCCAGAAGCCUUCACUUGUGAAUUGCUGCAUAAAAACUGUAGCAGAGCUUACCAAGGAAUGUAGUAAGGAAUUUGCUCAGCAAGUUCAAGAUUGUGGUAGUGUCAAAUACAUUGUUAAGCUAGCUAACAGUGAACUUUUACAAGUGAGGAACUCAGCCACUCUGUCUUUAGCAAACUUAGCCCAUCAUGCUCAUGUGCGUGUUUGUAUAGGCAGUGAAGGUGGGAUAGAGGCUUUGACUAAGCAACUCAAAAGAGAUGAGCUGGGGCAUGUUACUGUCAAGGCAAUUGAAGGACUCUGCUAUUGUUGCAGAGAAGGCAUCAAUCGUGUAAGGGUUCGUGAUUCUUCAGCAUUGGAACUAUUAUUGAAGAUUUUGUUGUCAGGAAAAUGGUUGUCUCUUGAGAAAAAGAUUGUUUUUGCAUUUGCACAGUAUUGUCACAGCGAAAAAGACUUGGAAAUUCUCCUUAAUGGAGAAUUAGUUCCUGGUCUAAUUAAUCAUCUUAACAGGAUUAUACAUCAAAUUCAAUCCAGAAGUGACUUUGAAGAUCAUGAUGAUGGUUUUACAGAUCACCAAUCAUUUACAGCAGACUUUUAUACAGAUUACUCAAUGAGGACAAACACAGUAAGAAGCUCUUUUUCUGAUGUUAGUGCAGAGGCACUGAAGGAUGAAACUUUCCUCAAGAAGCUGGAAGAAACAGCAAGGGAGGUCACCGACACUAAAGUGACAGGGCGACUUUCAAAGUUCAAAAGGAGACUCAAACUAAAGCCAUCACCCAUUCCGACUACCCCUCCUCCAGGUGUGUGUACCAUAGGACAGUCUGUGUUCAGUUUUGCUGCCAGACAGACUGAUACAACGACAUUGGUGUCAGUAUGCACCUUUUCUCGCAGUGUUUCAUCUCUUGCAUCCUCCUGGCAUGACCUUGCAACAUUGUCAACAGCAAGUUGCCCGAGAGUGUUGUCAUCACAUCAAGAUUUUUCAAAAACACAGAGAGAAUGUGAUUUAUGUGAACCAACCCUAGGUCUGACUUGUGAUGAUCCUAAUUCAAUGUGCACUGAAAAUCAAACCCAGGUAAUGCCAGGUUCUCCAGUUGGCCAAAGAAAUUUGUUGACCCUACCUCUUAGUUAUAGUAAUGUUCAAGAUGAACCUGUGUUAGUCUCUCCUCUGUCGCCAAAGGUUCAGUCAGGUCUACAUCAUCGCAGUUUUGGCCAGAGUGCUCUUACCUUACUAUUGCGUAUUGCACACAUGACCAAUCCAAGCACUCAUCUUGUUAACAAGCCUUGCAUUCAAGCUUUGCUGGAUUAUCUGCGGUUGGUGGACAAUCCUAACCCCAAGUGUGCACGUAUCCUAAAUCUUCUGGCAGAAAAUGCACUUUGUUUCAGAGAUUUAAUAGUGCAUGGAGCUGUGGUUGCCAUUCAUCACCAGUUAUGCUUCAUGAAUUGUGAAUAUCAGAAGCUUCAUGAUCCUGAAUUAAAUGCCCAUUCAUCUGAGGAACAGAGAUUGCCAACACCCUUCAGAAAAAGAUUCAGCAGCCAAAAUUCUGAAGACAGUGUAUUUAAACCAAAGGACAAGAUCAACCCUAAUGCAAUGUACCAGUCUGUGUCCUCAGUAACCCAAAGCUAUUGUCAGGAAACGGGAAAACAUUUAUUAGAGAUCCUUUCAAACCAAGCACAAACCCUCUGUGGAAAGGGUGAGAUUGAAAACUUACUUCUGACAGGAUCAAAGGAAGAGCAUAAAGAAUGUGUGCUUGCUCUGCCACUCCUGUGCAGGUAUUUAGUUCCACAUUUUGUUUAUGUUAAACAACAUCCUUGCCUCAUCAAAGAGAUUUAAUUUUGGAUUAUGUUUGUGUUCAUGAACUAAAUGUAUGUUCACCUUUUGUUGAGACAUUUUUAGAAACACUUUCCUGCACACAGGGGCUAGUGACAUAAAGCUGUGCCUAGGAAUGGCCUUCUUAGAGAAUCCUGUGAAAGUAAACGUAUGGGUGUUCAGCUAGAUGUAAUCUAAGGGUCCUUUGCAUUUUGUUAUUACAUGGUAUGCCUUUUUCCAUACCAGAUUACAAAUUAUUUCCCAUAUCACUGACAUCCUCAGGGAGGCCACUUUAAUCAAUUAGGCCCUGAUUUUCUAUAUACAGUUACACAUACCUAUAUACAUAAAUAAAAUAUGUCCCAUUGGGUGUUUUGCUCUUUUGCCCCCCCUCCCUCCCUCCUCCUCAGCAUGGCCUAUUGAACCACAUAAACCAGCAAAUUGUGUCCACCAUGUUUACUUCUCAAAUAUGUUGUUUGAAGCACUUGCCCACCUGAAGGAAAACUUACUACUUUUGUUAAAUGGCAUGAACUCAAAUGCCACCACAGGAUAUUUUAGGGAACAAAAAAAACAACAACAACAUUUAAAAGCUAUGUUGUCAUUUUUCUAGGACCACUAAACUGAGACAGCAAAUGUUUGUGGAAAGGAAAGGCUUAAAAAUGCUGUGUGAUCUUUUCAAAUCACUCUCUUCAACUGGUGAGACCUUUCCAAUUGCAGUGGAAUCUGUGAUAGUUUUGGCAAAUGAGUUACAAGUAAUAUUCCCUGGUAAUGUUACCAGGAUGAAAAGUGAAGGUAUUUCUAAAGAUCUGACUUCAUCAACCAUUGAAGAGUCAAACCCAGAUGCAUCUGAUGAUCUGCACCAAAUGAAAAAGCUGAAAAAGGAGCUCAGCAACAUCCAGGCUCUUUCCUCAAGUGAUGAGCAAGAUUGUUCCUCGUGCCUGUACCACACAAAUUCCUUUGGUCCUCCUGAUAUUAUAUUUGUGAUGGAAAAGGGGGAUAAAGUUGUAGCACACAAGCUACUUAUCAAAUCAGCCUCUGAUGUUUUCACUGCCAUGUUGUCAGAACAUUUCUUAGAAUCAACACAGUCUAAAAUCUCUCUUCAAGACAUUUCUGAGGAUGUCUUUGAAUUUGCAUUACAUCACAUGUAUGGAUGCAAGAUCACUCCAAAUGAAGAGAUCUCUAGUGAAAUGAUUUCUUCUCAAUCAUGUUGUGAGGUGUUAAGAAAAAAAGUCAUAGAAAUUCAAGUGAAUGACAAUGAAUUACAGUUCUAUUUGGAUCUGUUAACACUUGCUGACAGGUUUUUGUUGGACAGACUGAGAACUCUUUGUGAAAAAUUUCUUGUAAAUCUUAUUGAUGCUUCCACAGUGCUGCAAAUUUACAAUUAUGGUUAUCGAAUUAAUUCUCCAAAGUUGUGUUUGCUUUGUCUCACAUACCUUCUAACCAUUAACCUCUCAAAUUUGCCAAACCAUCUGUAUUUGUUCAAAGAACUGUUCAUUAGUAACGAACGAGGACAUCUUGCAGAACAAUUGUAUGAAAUACUCCAUUCUCAUUUAAAAUGUUAA